CAUCUGAAUGAAGCGCAGAGCGCGCCCCCGGCUGGCUGAGAAAAGGCGCAUCCUCCUCCUUUUACAUUUCAGUCACGCAGCUUUGCUCAGAUUUGAGAUGAAGCAUGGAGGAUGUGUGUUUUUGCUCGCAUCAGUAGCCUAAUUUAAAUAAAGAAAUUCGCGCUUGGCAUCGAUGCCUUUGCUUUAUCUGAUUUAACAUUUGGGGGGUUAUUCUAGAGCAAUUACCUUUGGAGCGCGUCAUUUUGGAUAAUCUGCAUUGCUUGCAUCCGACUGCACCUCGUCGAAGGACGUUUUAUGCUUUUACACCCGUCCGUUUGCAAAAUAGACUCUAGCCUAAAUAUAGCCAAUAACAAUUAUUUUGGCUGACUUGGACACAGGGUCAUUAAUGAUUGGCAAUUAAUGUCACAGCUGCCGAUACAUUGCGAUGCUUAUCAUCCAACAGCAAUAAUGCUGCAGUACGAGAGCAGUAUAGCCUAGGAAGGUGAUGGACAAUGUCCUGUCCAGCGGGUACACGACCCCUACGCUCCUGGUCCUGAAUGCAGCGGAGAGAGACACCUAACCGGGUGUCACCGUCAACCCUGGAUGCUGCGCCGAAGAAUGGGAUACGCCGACCCAUCGUCGGGUAAAGAUAUACUCGGCAAUAGAUCCCUUUGUUUUAUAUUUAUUUGCGCAUUUGGACUCGUCACACUAUUGCAACAAAUUCUCUACGGAAAAAACUACAUUAAAAGUGCGCAACAGUUUAGCCGACUCAAAGGGGACGAGACAGGAAAUUGGACCGGUCCCAUUAAUUUCUCGGAUGAUGGAUCUCUGAAGCCUGCCAGAAAUGGAAGGAAAAGAUGUUUCCGUCAGAAUUUUCAGCCAGAUUCACAGAUCUCCGUAAUAGUCACACCCUGCCUAGCCGAUAUUAAGAAGAAAAAAAAAAGGUAUCUGGAAAACUAUGAUGGCUCAUAUGAAUACAACUCCACUGCAUGCAGGGAGCUCAGGCAGGAGAUUAUGGACGUCAAAGUCUUGACAAUAGACAUUAAUCGGAAAAUACAUGGCCAUGGGUAUCCUUCCUCAUUCCACAAGUCUCUCUGCCUGUCUGCCAGGGUGAAAACCUCAGACCUGUUUGAGCGAUGGCGAAACCUACAGGUGUGUAGAUGGGAGCAGAACAAGGAGGAGACCAGCAACUUCAAGAUGUCUCUUUCUCGCUGCUGUAAUGCUCCUUCCUUUCUCUUCACCACCAAGAGGAACACUCCUGCAGGGACCAAGCUGAGGUACGAGGUGGACACCAGUGGUAUUCUUCCCAUCACCAAUGAAGUCUUCAAUAUGUUCCAAGAUGACAUGCCGUAUUCCAAAUCACAGUACAAGAAAUGUGCUGUUGUUGGAAAUGGCGGCAUCAUCAAGAACACCAAAUGUGGGAAGGAAAUUGACUCAGCAGAUUUUGUUUUUAGGUGCAACAUACCACCCAUCAAUGCGAAGUACUCAGCUGAUGUUGGCACUAAAACAGAUCUGGUGACAAUAAAUCCUAGCAUUAUUACUGAGAGGUACUGUAAAUAUGGGUCUGAGCGAGAAAUCAGGCCUAUCUCUCUCUCUCUCUCUCUCUCUCUCUCUCCUUCUCAAUCUGUCUCUAGUCUCCUUCUCUUUUGGCUUUUGUCAUCUCAUGUUUUUCACUUCCUUUGCAGAUUUCAGAAGCUGGAGAAAUGGCGGCGACCGUUUUACGAAGUCCUUCAAAAUUACGAGAACUCCUCAGUGGUGCUUCCCGCCUUCUAUAACACUCGCAACACCGAUGUCUCUUUCAGAGUCAAGUACAUGCUGGAUGACUUUGACUCCCAGAGAGGCGUGUUCUUCUUCCACCCGCAGUACCUGCUCAACGUGCAGCGUUUCUGGGCGGUGCAGGGUGUCCGGGCCAAACGGGUCAGCAGCGGCCUGAUGCUAGUGACCGCCGCCUUAGAGAUGUGCGAGGAAGUCCACCUCUAUGGUUUCUGGGCGUUCCCCAUGAACCCCUCUGGCAUCUUCAUCACUCACCAUUACUAUGACAACGUCAAGCCACGGCCGGGCUUCCAUGCGAUGCCCCAUGAAAUUUUCAACUUCAUUCACAUGCAUACUCGUGGGAUCCUCAAUGUACACACGGGGCAGUGCACGUGAUCCCUCACUCCUCUGCUUUAAUGUGGUUAAACUUUUUUUUUUUUUUUCUUUUUUUUUUCAAUCAGGUUUACAUGUUGUGUUUUAUUUCAAUGAGACAUGUCACUUAUCUCUCUAUUUAAAGAGAGUUGGCCUCCAGAGCGUACACUUAUUCCACGACACAGUGAAGGUUGCUUGCUAUCAUUACCAACACACUUCUCUCCUUUUUUUUAACAAUGUUUUUAUUUAUUUCAUACUUCUCUUUUCGAUGUGUACCUUAAUUUACUUAGCCAAUCAAAUCACAAUGGUCAUCUCCGACUUUCUAACCAUAGGAUGCUUGUUUUUAAUGUGAAAAGUGGUCUUCAUAGUGAUGUUGUUUCUGUGAAGUUUUCUAGUGGCUCUGCUGUACAGAGGUGUUGUUUUCUACCCACUGUUACACAGAUAUUUAUGCUAAAAUGGGUUGCAGUGGGUGUUUUUUUGCCCCCUCAUUCCUCUUGUCUUCUCUCCUUAUCUUGGACACUCUGUGGGUGUGGCAGCUUUUAAUGUUUGUGUAAAACAAAACCUGAACCUUGAUAUUAAGCUAAUAUUUGAAAAAAAAGAAAAUUAAAAAAGAUUGUAACAUUCAAUUGUCUACUUUUGUAAUCUAUUUCCUAUUCACCAGAUUCACUGGGUGAAUUUUUUUAAAACGCUAUUGAAACAGCGGUUUUCAGUGGCCUACUUUCUCCCAUCUAAAAAUUUCCUCUGAUAUAUCUGGUAAAAAAAAAAAAAAAAACGCUGUAUGAGAAGAGGCGAGGAGGGUUUUUUUCCCCUUUUUUUUGGCUUGUCAUGAUUUUAGACAAAAGCCAGAUAAAUAUUUUGAAAUGACACCACCUGAGCAAAACGUUGUUUUCAAGGCCGUCUUAUUUGUAAAGCAACAUAGUACUCAUAGUACUGUUGAGCCACCCAGCCUCUCGUGUCCUCUCAUGUCUUAAGCCAUGCUGCCUUAUGAGAUAUCAAACCCCUCUACAUGAUAUGCAAUGCACACAUGUGUUUUGCUUAUCUACAAAUACAUUAACAUCAAACUAAAUCUUAAUUUGUCUCUUGAAUCAAAGGACAUUUGGGACUCUAAGGUAUAGAAAUUCAUGUGUGUUUCUUAUCUUAUAUUCUAUUGGAAUUAGCAAUGUUCCUGUAAAAUCUAUUCAUAAUCAUGUAACAAUCUGCAUGACUUUACUCUAUGCUUGGCUUUGUGUGUGCCUGCUUCAAUGGUCACUGAAAUAUGUUUACACUUAAGCCUCAACUGAAGCUCACAGUGCUUUUGGAGAUAUGUAUACGAACCUUUUCACAGAAAAAAAUGUAUGGGUACGUUGAAAUGUAUAAUAGUAGAUGCAAGUUCUCAUUGAUUAAAGAUACACGAAUGAAGAUGGUUGCUGACCUUUGUGAAGUGCUACAACACUUUUAUUACUAUUUCACCUUCCCCUUUGAACUGUGAAGAUUCAGUUUGCAAGCAUUGUGCAUUUAAGCACUGGAAAGCUGUGUAGGUUUUUAACGUUUACUUUGUUGUACAUGGCUAAAAGGUUUUUAAGAGACUGUAAAAUAAUAUUUUGUCACUCUUCUGUUCAUGCUCAGCUGUGCACUUCUCCAUUUCAUUUCUUUUGUAUUUGAUGGACAUCAUUGCUAAUAAUAAUAUUGUUUCUUUCAUAAUUUAUACAGACUAUUUGUGUGUUUAUGCACAAGAGAUAUAAGUUCAGCAAAUAUGAACACCAAAAAUGUUUUGGCGUGACCACUAAAUUGUUGCACAGACACAACUGAAUCAAGAAUGGAAAAGGAUUAGAACUGGUCUGUGUACUAAACAGAUGUAAUAUAUAACACAGUACUUCUUAACCGACUCUGGAUCAUUCUUUUUAAUGAUAUUGUGUUUGUAAAUAAACUUGUUUGGAUUUUCUCA